CCGCUUCUAAAAAACAAACUCUGAAAAAGAAACACAUUAAUUCUCUCUCUCACUCUCUCUCUCUCUCUCUCUCUCUCUCAGUGAAUCUGCUCUUUAAAGUUUAAACACAUCUAAUCCAUAGCAAAUCUUUCUCUUUCAUCAGUCUCUUCACAAUGCCACCAACUGAUGCAGACUUGGAUCUCAGGACAUCUACUGCCUCUUCCUUCUUAAUCGGUGAUUACGCAUUUGCUGAUGCCAGUAAUCUGGAGCAUUGUGCUAAGUAUUUGAACCAGACUCUUGUUACCUUUGGAUUUCCUGCUUCUCUCGACCUCUUUGCCAAUGAUCCGGUUUCAAUUGCACGAACCUGCAAUUGCAUAUACUCUUUACUUCAACAGAGACAGCGGGACAUUGAAUUCAGAGAGUCUGCUAAUGAGCAGAGACAGAGAUUACUAUCAGAUAUAUCAAGAUUGGAGGCAAAAGUUGAGAGGCUUGAGUCGCAAUUACAAGCCAAAGAUAGGGAAAUAGCGACUAUCACCAGAACGGAAGCCAAAGCUACAGCAGCUUUUAAGGCACAAAUUGAAAAGCUGCAACAGGAACGGGAUGAAUUUCAAAGGAUGGUCAUUGGCAAUCAGCAAGUGAGGACUCAACAAGUGCAUGAAAUGAAGAAAAAGGAAAAGGAGUAUGUAAAGCUGCAGGAGAAGCUAAAUCAAGUAUUAAUGGAGAAAAAGAAGGAAUCAAGAUCAGGCAUGGAGAUAAUGAAUUUGCUUCAGAAAGAAGGCAGACAGCGAGGAACAUGGAAUGGGAAGAAGGCUGAUAAUGAUUUCUAUAAGAAAAUAGUGGAUGCUUAUGAGGCUAAGAAUCAAGAAUUGAUGGCAGAGAAUGCUGAUUUAAGGGCAUUAUUGCGGUCAAUGCAGGUUGACAUGCGCGAUUUCAUAAAUGCUCCAAAUGGUUCAACAAAGCAAUCUUUGGCUGUCAAUGAAAAACUUGAAGCUGACCCCUCACAGUCUCCCUUGGGUGGAAGGACGGACGUUUUUGACCUGCCUUUACACAUGGCUAGAGAUCAAAUUGAGGAAAGUCUCCGAACUAAGAUAUCUUCCAUAAAGGAGCGUAUGGUUCAAUUGCAAGAUGCACAGAAAGGAGCAGAAGUCACAUCAGAAGCAACUGAGAGAGAACUUGAACUUGAAGCUCAACUUGUUGAGGCAAGAAGCAUAAUCCAGGAGCAGGCAUCCAUAAUGUCUAAACAUCUUGCCAAGUCUGAGAGGCCAAGGGAAUCUAUCAUUUCAUCACCAGCUGAGGGAGUUUGAUAUCACCAUCUUGUUGAAAUAUAUAUAUUUGGUUAUGGAGAUAUAUGGAGUUGGCUGUAUAGAUGCAUCGCGGCAAGCAAGAACAAGAACAUUUGUAAGCAUGAUUGCAUAUGCUUCUUUUGUAGUUGUAAGACCUUGAAAAUUUAGUUAUUAGAUAUAUUGUUAAUGAAAUUAGUAUCUAAACUUGCACUUAGUUGGGGUAUGUAUGCUGACAGUAGCUCUAGUCAAAUUUCUUUCAUCUAUAUUAUGUAUACCAUUCGUCUUCUUUGCUCUCA